UCUAUCUCAACAGAAUUUGUUUUUCUCUGUUGUUCUCAAUACUCUGUGGCCAGCUUCACCAAUCAUUCUUUCAUUAUCUUGUUUGCACUUUUCAUGUUUCUCAUGUGGGAUCAGCUCCUGAUAUUUGUGAUAUCUACCCAGCUCCAGUGGAUGAUUCAGUUUGUAUCUCUGGAAGAAGAACUAUCCAUAAGACUGGGAUUACUUUGGUCGUGAUUCUAUAUUAGUACAUUUUGGUCUAUCUCAUUCUACUCAGUGGCUCUCACAUAAUUUACUGUUCGGAUAUUCUACAAGUUUAUCCUACCAAUUUCCCAUUUUUGAAUAGGUAUAAGAAGUUUACCCAGAUUUUGAGCAACAUUGGCGAGAAUGAAGGUGGAAUUGAUAAAUUUUCCAGAGGCUAUGAAACAUUUGGUGUCCACAGAAGUGCUGAUGGAGGCUUGUAUUGCAAAGAAUGGGCACCAGGAGCAGAAGGUGUUUUUCUUACUGGAGACUUCAAUGGUUGGAAUCCAUUUUCUUACCCAUAUAAAAAGCUGGACUAUGGAAAAUGGGAGCUGUAUAUACCACCAAAGCAAAAUAAAUCUCUUCUUAUUCCUCAUGGAUCCAAAUUAAAGGUGGUUAUUACUAGUAAAAUGGGAGAAAUCUUGUAUCGUAUUUCACCAUGGGCAAAGUAUGUGGUUCGUGAAGAUGGCAAUGUGAAUUAUGAUUGGGUACACUGGGAUCCAGAACAGCUAUACAAAUUUAAGCAUUCCAGACCAAAGAAGCCACGAAGUCUGAGAAUUUAUGAAUCACAUGUGGGAAUUUCUUCCCAUGAAGGAAAAAUAGCUUCUUAUAAACAUUUUACAUGUAAUGUACUACCAAGAAUCAAAGACCUUGGAUAUAACUGCAUUCAGCUGAUGGCUAUCAUGGAACAUGCUUACUAUGCCAGUUUCGGGUACCAAAUCACAAGUUUUUUCGCAGCUUCAAGUCGUUAUGGAACACCUGAGGAGUUAAAAGAACUUGUUGACACAGCUCAUUCAAUGGGUAUCCUAGUCCUCUUGGAUGUGGUGCACAGCCAUGCUUCAAAGAACUCAGAUGAUGGGUUGAACAUGUUCGAUGGGACCGAUUCCUGUUACUUUCAUUCUGGACCUAGAGGGACUCAUGACCUUUGGGAUAGUAGACUGUUUAUCUACUCCAGCUGGGAGGUUUUAAGAUUCCUUCUGUCAAACCUAAGAUGGUGGUUGGAAGAAUAUUGCUUCGAUGGAUUUCGUUUUGAUGGUGUUACUUCCAUGCUGUAUCAUCACCAUGGAAUGGGUCAAGGUUUUUCAGGUGAUUACAAUGAAUAUUUUGGACUACAAGUAGAUGAAGAUGCCUUGAUUUAUCUCAUGUUGGCAAAUCAUUUGGUUCACACACUGUAUCCCGAUUCUGUAACAGUAGCUGAGGAUGUAUCAGGAAUGCCAGCUCUGUGUUCUCCAAUUUCCCAAGGUGGGGGUGGCUUUGACUAUCGCUUAGCCAUGGCAAUACCAGAUAAGUGGAUCCAGCUACUUAAAGAAUUUAAAGAUGAAGAUUGGAAUAUGGGAAAUAUAGUGUAUACGCUUACAAAUCGACGCUACCUUGAAAAGUGUAUUGCUUAUGCAGAGAGCCAUGAUCAGGCACUGGUUGGUGAUAAGACGCUGGCAUUUUGGUUGAUGGAUGCUGAAAUGUACACAAACAUGAGUGUUCUAGCUCCUUUUACUCCAGUUAUUGAUCGUGGAAUACAGCUUCACAAGAUGAUUCGACUCAUUACUCAUGCUCUUGGUGGAGAAGGCUAUCUCAAUUUUAUGGGUAAUGAAUUUGGGCAUCCUGAAUGGUUAGACUUCCCAAGAAAAGGUAAUAAUGAGAGUUACCAUUAUGCCAGAAGGCAGUUUCAUUUAACUGAUGAUGACCUUCUUCGCUAUAAACUCCUAAAUAACUUUGACAGGGAUAUGAAUAGAUUGGAAGAAAGAUGUGGUUGGCUUUCAGCUCCACAGGCCUAUGUGAGUGAAAAGCAUGAAGGCAAUAAGAUCAUCACUUUUGAAAGAGCAAGCCUUCUCUUUAUUUUCAACUUCCACCCAAGCAAGAGCUAUACUGAUUACCGAGUUGGAACAGCAUUGCUAGGGAAAUUCAAAAUUGUACUGGAUUCAGAUGCAGCAGAAUAUGGAGGACACCAGAGACUGGACCACAAAACUGAUUUCUUUUCUGAGGCUUUUGAACAUAAUGGACGUCCCUAUUCUCUUUUGGUCUACAUUCCAAGCCGAGUGGCCCUCAUCCUUCAGAAUGUGGAUCUGCCAAACUGAAGAGAGCUGGUCUUAGGCUGCCACAUGCAGAUGUGUAUUUUGUUUGCUGGUUUUUGGUGUCGCAGAGUUUAUAAUAUGGAAGCUUUUCCAAAUACAGCUGUCUAACCAAAACAUCAGAGUAAAAUUCAAUACUGGUACAUGCAAAUAUAUCAUACUGUGCUUUAAGUAGAGGGGUGAGAGUAUGUGUAAAACUUUACCAAUUCAUAUUUUCAGCCAUCUUUGAGCUAAGGUUCUCAAAUGGAGUAUAAUAUAUAACGUCUUUAAAACAUUUUACUUUUCUGGCAAAUUGAUCCCUUUAAUUUCAAAUUUGAGUUAUUCAUCAUGUAUGAUUAUUGCUGUUAAAUGUAUACUGUAUUUUUUAAGAUGGAUAUUUGGUGGCCUUAUUUGUUCUAAGAUCUAUUCAUCUAGAUUAUAAAGUAUCAAGUUCAUUUCUCUGUUUUUACAAAUCAUGUCUAGGAAUACUGUAAUAAAUGUGUGUUAAUAAAAUAAAAUUAAGAAUUGUAAGCUGGGUGCUGAUGGCUCAUGCCUAUAAUCCUAGCUAUUCAGGAGGCAGAGAUCAGGAGGAUCGAUGUUCA